UUACUUAAUCAAAUAAGAUAUAAAUAAAUAUUAUUCCCAUUGUUUCUUGAAUGAACUUCAAUAUCAAAAUUUCUAACACAAGAUGAAUUCUUUCCAAUUAGCCAAUGAAUCUUCUCCCUUAUCCUUAACUCCAAAUUUCAUCCUCCCAGAACACAAAAGACCAAACCUUUCACAAGUCACUUCUUUAGACUCAAUACCAAUAAUUGAUUUGAGUUACUAUGAUCACAAUAACAACAACCCUUCAUCCUUGGAAGUUGUUCACAAGAUUUCAAAGGCUUGUGAAGAAUUUGGUUUCUUUCAAAUUGUGAACCAUGGUGUUCCUGAACAAGUUUGCAACAAAAUGAUGAAAGCAAUUACUAGUCUUUUUGAGCUUCCACCAGAUGAAAGAGAACAUCUUUCAUCAACAGAUUAUACUAAGAAUGUAAGAUUGAUCAGUUAUUAUCUUAAAGUGGAAGGUGGAGAAAAGGUGAAAAUGUGGAGUGAAUGUUUUAGUCAUUCAUGGUAUCCUAUUGAUGAUAUCAUUCAUCUUUUGCCAGAAAAAAUUGGAACUCAAUACAGAGAAGCUUUCACUGAAUAUGCAAAGGAGAUUGGUUCAUUGGUGAAAAGGCUAUUGAGUUUGAUAUCAAUUGGGCUUGGCUUAGAGGAGGAUUUUUUGUUUAAGAAGGUGGGUGAGCAGCCUAGACAAAGAGCACAAGCAAAUUUCUAUCCACCAUGUCCAGAUCCAGAGUUGACUAUGGGUCUCCAAGAACAUACUGAUCUCAAUGCUCUCACAGUUCUUCUGCAAUCACAAGUUUCUGGUCUUCAAGUUAACAAAGAUGGAAAAUGGAUUUCUGUACCUUGUAUUCCUAAUGCUUUUGUCAUCAAUCUAGCUGAUCAAAUUGAGGUUCUAAGCAAUGGAAGAUAUAAAAGUGUGCUUCACAGGGCUGUUACCAACAAUGUCCAUGCACGAGUUUCAAUGGCGAUGUUUUAUGGACCAAACCCAAACACAACAAUUGGGCCAAUUCAAGAAUUGAUAGAUGAAGAACACCCUCUCAAAUAUAGAAAUUAUCACUUCUCUGAGUUCCUUGAAGAAUUCUUCAAGCAAGAAGGAAAAAGGAGAUUGGUGAAAGAAGCUUUUGAGUUGCCACGUUAGGAAAUAAAUAAUAUAGUUUAAAAUUUGUAUGCACCGAUGAUUUAAAUAUGUUUUACAUAUAUAUCCAAUCAAAUCUAACCGUUUAAAUGUUAUAAUAUUAUUUUCUAAAAUUAUUUGGAUAAUGGAUAUACAUGUAAACAUAUUUUAAACAAUACUGAAUUUUCAAUAAUAUUGUAUCUAAUAUUUUUAUAAUGUGAUGUUAUGGUGAGUCAAUGAAAUAAUGAGGUGUUAUGUAAAACUGUGGAGAGGGGGGAAAAGAGGGCAUGAAAUAUUUGGAAACGGGAGAAAGCGUGGGAGUGUGAACAUAAACUGUGGAGGUAUAUGUACUACAAUUCUCAUUGAAUGGGUAUUUUAAGUUAUAAA